ACAUGGCGAAAGUUAUGUAUAUAACAUUUAUAUUUCUGUGUUUAUAUGCUUCAUCAGCUGACAGUACAUUACAAACUAUAAAUGGCACAAUUCAUGUGAGGAUUGGAACAACCGCAGGAUGUUCUGACGCUGCUAGAUUUAUUCAGAACCAAGUACCUCAAACAUAUGAAUUAUACAAGAAAUAUUUGGAGAUCGAAUUUGUGCCUUGGGGAAGAACUAGAAGAGAUGCUGAAGGUAAUCUCAUUUGUCAAUUCGGUGUAAAUGAUUGUUGGGCCAAUCGUGUUCAAAGAUGUGUUCUAAGCCUACUCGCUGGAAAUACAGAGGUUCAAAUAAAAUACAUGUUGUGUGAAUUUUCUCCUCCAUUCCCUGCAUUGCGGCAGAGGAGUCUAUUAUGUGCACAGUCUGUUGGCUUGAGUGUGAUUGAAAUAGAUUAUUGCUUAUCAACGACUGGAGACGCCCUGGAUGGCCCAGCCGAACUUGCUUCAGCAGCGGCUGUAGAAGCAAUUCGAUUUAUACCUUUCAUCGUUUUCAAUAAUAACAUUAAUGCUGACCAACAUGCCCAGGCAUAUAGAAGACUACAGAGCACAAUUUGCUUCGCUUUAGCAGAUGAUCCAACUACAGAAAUAACGCACUGUAAAAUUUAAUCUGUAAGAAUAUUUAAAAAUUAAAAAACCAAACGUUAUCGCGCAAUCAGGAAAUGAAACCUCCUCGUAAUUGGUGAUUUAAGAAAUAACAGUUUUAUCUUACUUGGCCCCAGCUCGGAUUUUCGUACUUUCAAGCUAAAUUUCAACAUUGUCGCCUUUUAAUUAACGAAGUUGGGUAAUUGACAAUAAUUGAGCAUU